AGGGGGAAGGAGAAGACCCGGAAAGGAAGGGCAAAGAUAAGAGAAGAGAAGAGUUCAAAGGGAAGGGCAACUACGUAAUUAAUAACUGUGUGUGUGUGUUUCUAUGACUAUGAGAAAGAAGAGUAGUUAGUUAAACGUGCAAAGAAGCAGCCUUUCCAUUUUCAUUUCCGUUUCCAAACACACACAUAUAAACCGCACCAAUCAAACAAGCGUUGGUUUUGCUCAUCGAUCUCACAAUCUUUUCGUUUUCUCGCAAGCAACACCUAAUUUCUUUUGAUCCACGCUAAAACAACCCCGUUUCUUCUGAUCGAGAUGUAUCACCGUCUUCCGUCGUUAAUGGAGCCGUUUCUCCGGAGAGUCUCUGACCGUUGGCCGGUCAUCGCUCAGGCUGCCACGUGGACGGUGCUUCUCAUGUUUACUGUUGCGGUCGCUUCGUUUGCUCCGGAGAUGGCGUUUGUGUCGACGGUUUCGUCUUCUUGCGGAGGAGGAGAUGGGUUUGUGAAGAUUCCGAUGGACUUUGCAGGGGAGAGUAUAUGCGUGCCGGCUAACAUGGUGAAGAGAUCACGUUUUGAUUUGUUUGUGCCUUCGAUUUUCGCGGCGGUUAUGGUCACGGCUUCGGCUUGUUUGAUCCGAUCGUGUAUUGGCACGGAGAAUGUGGAUGAUUUUUAAUAACUUGUAAUUAUUUAUUACUAAUAAUUUUGUAUUCAGUUGUUACAUAACAUUCACCAUUUCUUUUUCUAAAUUCAGACAUUCUAAGCUG